GAGAGAGAGCGAGAUAAGAGAGAGAAAGAUCGAAAAGAAAAGAGAGAAGCGAGAGAUAAAGAGAGAGAGAGAGAGCGAAAGAGAGAGAGAGAGGAACAGAAAGAGAGUCCCCGGAAAAAAAAAGAGAGAGACGAGGAAGAGAGAAGGAGAGAGGAAGAGAGCGAAAGAAGAGAGAAAGAGAGA